CUAUGCCCCUCCCACAACAGGGAGAUUCCCCCCCCUCCCCCAUAGUUUGUGUCUCUGCCCCUCCCACAAUGGGGAGAUUUCAGCACCAGUAGUUGUGUCUCUGCCCCUCCCACAAUGGGGAGAUUUCCCCCAGUAGUUUGUGUCUCUGCCCCUCCCACAAUGGGGAGGUUUCCCCCAGUAGUUUGUGUCUCUGCCCCUCCCACAAUGGGGAGAUUUCCCCCAGUAGUUUGUGUCUCUGCCCCUCCCACAAUGGGGAGAUUUCCCCCAGUAGUUUGUGUCUCUGCCCCUCCCACAAUGGGGAGAUUUCCCCCAGUAGUUUGUAUCUCUGCCCCACCCACAAUGGGGAGAUUUCCUGCAGUAGUUUGU